AUGGCCAAGCGUAUUGCAGGAUCAGAGUUGAAUGAUAGGAACUGGGACGAUGAAGAUGAGCCAGAGGAGGCUGGACUAUUCAUUCAAGCUCCUAAAGAUGUAAUAGAGCAGAGAGCGAUCAAGAAGGCAAAGCGUAGAGUAGCCGGCGACAACUCUGGUUCUAAGGCUGCCUUUAGUGGGUUUGGAGGUUUUGGCUUGAAAGCACCUGCACCUACCACAGAUGCAUUUUCUGGUUUUAAGAAACUGGAUUCAGCUUCAGCUCCGAGCAAGGCGGGCAUCUUUGGAGGCACCUCAUCUGUGAAUGGCGGAGAAAAUCAGAAGUCAAAAGGUUCAGGGGACAGCAAAGAAUCUUCAACUUAUCUCAGUUCACUGAGAUCUCUGAAUGAAAGCGUUCUGGCCUGGAUCAAACAGCACGUGGAAAGUAAUCCAUUCAUUAUUCUGACACCCAUUUUCAAAGACUAUGAGAAGUACUUACAGAUGAUCCAAGGAGAAAAGUCGCCUGCGUCUGACACCUCUUUAGCUAAAGGCGACGGAGAAGAUAGUCAAGGUACUGCUCUGACAGCAGGUCUUUCUACCAAAGUAACAAGCUUUGCACAUUCAACAACUGCAUCAAAACCUGAUGAUGACAAAGAGAAAUCGGCUGCAGCGUCUUCAGGCAAACUGUUCACGUUUGGACAGACAUCAGCUACAACACCAGCCCUUGGAGGAUUCUCCUUUGCAACAUCUACAGGUAGCACAGGGAAUGCUGUCAAGUUCACUGCGCCAAACAGCACCUCAGUAACGGGAUUCAGUUUCAGCCAGAAAGGAUCAGAAUCCUCUUCUCUCUUGGGGAAGCCUUCCUUGUCUUCCUUCGGUUCUGCUAACUCCUCCCAGGGCUUGUUCUCUUUUGGCAAGGCUACCACAUCACAAGGCUCGACUGGUGGGGAGAGCUCACAAGAGACUCGUGAAAAAGAUGAUGAGGAGUAUGAACCACCCAAGCCAGAAGUCAAAGAAAUAGUAGAAUCAGAUGCUCUCUACUCUAAAAGAUGCAAGCUGUACUACCAGAAAGAUGGUCAGUGGGUGGACAGAGGUGUGGGCAACCUUCACCUGAAGCCAGUGGCAGACAAUAAGACCCAGCUGUUGAUCCGGGCAGACACCAACUUAGGAAAUAUACUCUUGAACGUCAUGCUGUCAUCGACGAUGCCGGUGUCCCGCCAGGGAAAGAACAACGUGCUGGUUGUCUGCGUCCCAAACCCGGCCAUCAACACCGGAGAGGCAGAGGGCACUCCGAUACCAAUGUUGAUUCGGGUCAAGACGGAAGAGGAUGCUGACGAGCUGUUAGCCAAAGUUGAUGAGAGGAAAAAACUGCUCUGA